ACUCACCCGAAAUACGUGUUUUGUUAUUUUAAUGCAUCAAAUAAUCUGAUGAAAGACAGACAGAUGGGAUGUGUAAAGAUAAUGAAAGUUUAAAAGGAUGAUUAAUGCAUCCCAGAGUCACUCGCUUAAAGAAAUGUUUGUUUUUCGUUGUUCUUCUUCGUUCUUAGCACGUAGCCGAGGUUUAGCCAGACGCCUCGGGUCAUGUGACUUUCUCUGCCUCCAUCACUCAUCACUCCAUCACUCCAAGGUGCAUUAUUCCACUCCACGAUACAGGAGUCACACGAGGGUUCAGGAUCCCCUGCAGCCAUUUAUUAUGUUCUAUGUCUCCUGACUCUGGGCUCCAGAUGACCAACGCUGCUGUACACUAAUUACAUUCAUAAGCAUUUCCACCGAGCCAUGGCGGAGGAGAAGCAGCCAAUCGGAGGGCUUCAUUUCGUGGGUCGGAAGGACGAACUGACGGAAGCGAAGCGCUCCUGCAGAACGCUGGCGGGUCGGGACGUGCUGAUCAUCUUCCACCAGGGCGGCUUCUACGCCAUCGACUCGUACUGCUACCACACCGGGGGGGAACUGCAGAGCGGAGACAUCGAGGAAAUCGGCGGUAAGCUGUGCAUCAUUUGUCCGAACCACAAGUUCAAGAUCUCCCUGGUCGGGGGGGAGGGCCUGUGCAAGGCCGGCGCCCCCCGGGAGGAGCCCCGCCCCCCCCACGCCCCCCGCUGGUACUCCAAAGGCGUGAAGCAGCGGGUCCACGUCGUCACGGAGACGGCCGGCGGCGACAUCUACGUGAGGCUGUCGGAGGAGGCGCGAUGGAUGGAGUCCGACUUCUACCAGGGAGAGAAGGGCGAGGAGGAGAGGGCCAAGGCUGCAGCGGCGGAGGAGGAGAAGAAGAAGAAGAAGGAGAAGAAGAAGUAACUGGUUUAUUAUUGUUUUAUUUGCUUCAUUUGUGGAUCGUUGUUGACAACAAUUGGUGAUUUAUUGCUGGAUUAAAUGGAUAAAAUCUCA